UGAGAUUUAUUAGCACAGGUUGUCAAUGUCAUUUCAAAAUUUUCAGGUUAGUAGCUAUGUUAUUGUUUCCCUGAAAUGUGGACUAAUUAUUUGAAUUUGUACAUAUCUCUUUAAUCAAUUUAACCGAUGACUAGUUUUACCAACAUUUCUAUCAUUAUUCACUUUUAAUAAAAAGUUAUUAGUCUUAACAAGUUUUACUUAACAUCAAUUUCAAAUGAGUAUGCCGACUUAUGACCCGGGUCCUGAGCAUUUUCAACAAUUUCCUUCUAACAGGAUAAUUGUCAUUCAUCCCGGAUCGCUGUACGUACGGGUGGGGCGUGCCUCUGACUUGCUGCCCGUGAAACAGCUACACUGCAUAGCCAGAAAGCGCCGGCCGGGCGGGAAGAUUUACCGCGAUCCAUUCAUACCGCCUAGCGUUCCAAAAACUAAGGAGCUCAUCGAGGAACUGGAAGAAUGCCGCCUGCAGAUCUCGCACACGCUGCAGUCGUGUAUGCAGGCAAGCGGCGCGCGGCGCUAUGCUACGCCACCACAACAGAUCGCCGCGUUCAACCGCCGCUCGCUGCCUGACGUAGUCAACGACGGCCAGCCGUGGCCGCAGCUGCAGUGCGACGUGGUGGUGGGCGACGCGGUCCUGGACGUUGAUCCCGAGCUCCCUUACAACAUUCACUUCCCAUUCCGCAGAGGAGACUUCAACUUACACUGCGAAGUUGGAGGGUCCAUUUCGUCCGUCCUCAACGACCUUUAUACAAUCUGGAGCUCAAUUAUCGAGUACAAGCUUGGUAUACCUCUAAUAGAGCUGGUGAAGUAUCGCUGUGUACUGUUAAUACCAGAUAUCUAUUCCAGAAGUCACCUAAAGUACCUUACAUCACUUUUAUUAAAAGACUUAGGGUUUGGUCAUUGUAUCCUUGUUCAAGAGAGUGUAGGGGCAACAUUUGGAGCUGGCAUUGGUUCUGCCUGUGUAGUAGACAUUGGUGACCAGAAGACUGCAGUUUCAUGUGUGGAGGAUGGCAUCUCACACAAAUCUACUAGAUUGAGAAUGGAUUAUGGAGCUGGAGACGUGUGUCAAGCAUUAUCUUGGAUGUUUCAUAAGAGUGCCUUCCCAUAUAAAAAUUGGAAUGAAAAUAUACCCAGAGAUGUUUUUCUGAUGCGCAAUUUAUAUCAAGAUUUUUGUCAUGUAAACUUAGAUGUCUGUGGACCUCAAGAGAAAACAUUUUUAGUUGACCACCCAGGGGAUAUCAUCAAUAAAUAUACUUUGCAAGUUGGUGAUGAGUGCAUCAUAUCACCACUAUCAUUGUUUUAUACUGAUUUACUUAAAAUAACUGGACCAAAAAUGACUAAAAUUCAGAAUCGUCAACUUAGUGAUGCAGAAGAUCCAUUUGAUGCGGAAUUCUUAAGGGAAACAGGUAGAAAACGUGAGACUGCCGACCCUGGUAACAACGAAAGUCAACAACUUGAAGGAUUGAACGAAAGCCAGCCAACUGCAAAUCCUGAUGAGGAUAUAGUAGUAGAUACUUUAGAAGGUGUCUCAGGAGAGGUUGCUUUGGCCCCUGGACAAGUUUUGAGUUUGGAUGCUGCAAUACUACAAAGUAUAGACAGCUGUCCUAAUGAAGAGCUGAAACGUAAAAUGUACAGUAGCAUUUUGAUCAUUGGUGGAGGGGUUAAAGUUCACGGACUAAACUUGUGGCUUCAGAAUAAGUUAGCCUUACAAAUCCCUUACAUUUACAAGACUGAGCAACUGGAAAUAGUGACUUCUCCUAAGGACAUUGAUCCAGCCAGCACUGUGUGGAAGGGUGCAGCAGUCAUGUCAUGUUUAGAGUCGGCCUCAGAGUUGUGGAUCAACCAAAACGAAUGGAACAGAUAUGGGUUAAAAAUAUUAAGAGAGAGAGCUCCAUUUAUUUGGUAAAUUGUAAAUCUUUUUGUUUUCUUUAAGAGUCAUACAGUCUUUACAAAAGUAUAAAGAUGUUUAGACCUUUACCCAUUUUUUAUAAUAAACGCCUAUGAUGUAGUUGGACAUCCCACAUUCUUAUAAUCCAUACUUAUUAAUAUAUACUUGUACUAUAAAUAUAAAUAGUUAAGUACUGCUGUU